AAGCUCGCUCGAAGCCGUCAGUUCAUCGCGAGCUCUCACGGCCGACGGAAGGUGCGAAAAUUGCUGUUCGAAAAACCCUUGCGCAUCCGUGUGUAUCUUUCGAUUCUUGCUAUUCUACGUCUUCUUCUUACUCCCCGACUCGGUCCCUCAGGCUGCGAUAAAUGACGUAAUGUUUUUGAAUGGUGUGUGGUAGUGGAAAUUAUUGCUUGCUGAUUUUUCCCUAAAAGGGGGGCGAAGAAUAGUGAUCACAUUUGGUUUACAGUUUCCCGUCUGAAAAGUGAAGCUUUGUCACGGGAAAUAAAAUUGGAGAAGUAUAGGAAAAUUUUCAGUCGUGCUGGCAAAGUGAGUUCUUUUCUCUCUGCUGCGAAAAAGGUGUUCUGAAAUAGUGCUUGAAGAAUCCAUCCAAAUCUUUGUUAUUUUCCAGUGGGGGAAAAAGUGAAAAGUUUAUCGAAAUUAUAGUUUGUUGAUUGGAUUGAUUUAUCGGGGAAAGUCCCUUCCUUAGUGCCAGGAAACGGUUCCUGAAAAUCUUAAUCGGCCAGCAGGGAAUGAAGAAAAACGAAAAAGAAAAUGGUUGAUAAUUUCGACUGCGCUGGCUACACAUUUUACUCCAAAUUCGACUCCGGAAACUUGGGCAGAGUAGAGCUAGUUCGAUGUUGUGAAGCAGGACUCAACAUAAUCGGUAGCAACGGGGCAAACCUAUCGGCAUCGAGCGGAAAUGUUGUUGUUUCCCCGGCUACACCAAACUCGCCAUCGUCGACGGUGCUGCAGCCCACUAGUGGGGGUGGCAAUUCCCCAUUCAGACCACCGACAUCAUCCCCACCAAUCCAGCCGGGCUCAUUGAUAUCGCCAUCGGCUGCAGCGGCCGGUCAACAACCACCCACUGCCAGUGUUAGCUCCUCGGAUUCACCGCCGCACGGUGGAUCUCAGCUACAAAAUCCGACGCACAAUCUACAUCUCUACCAUCAAGCGGCUUCCUUCGUCGAGGUCGAGUUCAAUCUUUGGACCCGGCCCGACUGUGCUGGGACGCCCUACGAAAAUCAGAACCGAACAUGGUUCUAUUUUGCUGUAACCGGUGGUCGGCCGAAUCAGAUUGUGAAGUUCAACGUGAUGAAUCUGAAUAAGCAAGCCAAACUAUUCAGUCAGGGAAUGCAUCCCGUUAUGAAAGUUGGCCCCACCGGACGAUGGGAGCGUAUAAAGGAUAAACCUUCCUAUGCGGUCACCAAUGACAUAUUUUUCAUAUCGUUCCUACAUCGAGCUCCGGAGUCGGCGGAUACCAAAAUUUUCUAUGCGUUCACGUUUCCAUUCACCUACAACGAUUUGCUAGAUCAGUUGGGAAAUUUCGACAAACGCUAUGGCCGGCAUCCUUUCGAGAUGCACUCAUUGGCAAAGGAGCUUUCCCAGAAGUUUGACUGCACGAGUCCGGCAGGACCUGUCGAGCUGAGCACCCAGUAUGGGCAUGCAAGCUUCCUUUCGAAGAAAGGUAAAUUAGUACGGGGCUCUAAAGUUGAGCGUAGCAGUCCCGAGUCGUUCGACGAAACCGCCCGUGAUGGAAUAGGCGGCAUCGAAGAGGGGACAACCACUCAACCGAAGGUUAACGAUCCCGGAGGGAGUGGUAAAGUUGCUCCCCCACCGGACGACACCGAGCUUGUUUCGGUCAUGUCCGUAGACGAUAAUAAUACAUCGGAAUCGAUGCAACAGAUCACGAACCUUGUGAAUCUGGUAAAAAUUGAAUUACCCCAACAAUCACAAUCCUCGCUGGCCGAGCUGGGUCGCAUGAAGUUACCAUUAUACCAGCAGGUGCUAAUCACUCCCACCCUCGACGACGAACACAAAGCAACGAAUCUGGACAUACGGGAUGACAUCUACUACUACAGGGAACUGCUGACGCACUCGGUCGAGCGGCGUCGCAUCGAACUGCUGACCAUCACCUCGUUCCACGGAAUUCAGGCGACCCGGGAGGAGCGGCUGCAGAACCUGUUCCCCGACGACAAGACGCCACGGUGCCAUACGUUCAAACAUAAGAAAAUUAUUUUUAUUUCGUCACGUGUUCAUCCGGGUGAGACUCCCGCCAGCUUCGUCCUCAACGGGUUUCUCAACAUGCUGCUGGACCGGAAAAGCAUUGUCUCUAUUACGCUUAGGAGAAUGUAUGUGUUCAAGAUAAUUCCUUUUUUGAAUCCGGAUGGGGUCUAUAAUGGGCUGUACAGGUCGGAUACGAGAGGACAGAAUCUGAAUCGAGUCUAUUUGGCACCGAUCUUCGAUACACAACCUGCGAUCUAUGCAUCACGGAAGCUCAUAAGAUACCACCACCUCGGUACGGACGAACAAGCGUCGUAUGAAACUGGAAAUCCGAUCGACAGCGUAGCGGUAGCAAAGAAUUCCGAUUCGAGCACGGAGGAAACUAUGGACAAAGCAUCGCCGGAGGAGAAAGUCAUCACGACCGUGAAACUUGGUCCUGAGAGUAAGCCGGGCCCAUCGAAGAAAGAUUCUGAAUCUAAUGAGGAAAACAACCCAUCCACCUCGGACUCGGGCUUCGCUGAAACGGCAAAUCUUUCAUCAUCAUCAAACAACGACAUGGGUUCGGUGACGAACAGCAGUAAGGAGGCUUCUGGUGGAUCGAUUUCGGAAGGUUCUGGUCCGGAUCCAGCAGCAAAAGAUACCGACUUACCCGGUCCGACUGAAGAGACCGCUCAGCCGUCUACACAAGCGCUAUCCGAACCAUUGGUUCCGGAACCAAAUCCCGUGGUAGCUUCGGAAAGUUCGACGCCAUCCACGCAAGUUUUGCGACCCAGCCGUAGCGUUUCGAAUCUCAGCACUGCCAGUAGUGUAGCCAACAGCGCUGUUACCAAUGCGGGUAUCGCCACGCCCUGUAUAGUAAGCAGAAAGGCGUCUAUAGUGGCCAAAGUGGACAGCGGUAGGCGAACUUCAUCCUUGAAAAAUGUGAUCAAUAAACCGAAUGUGAUAUCCGGUGGCGCAUCUACGUCUUCUGGUGGUCCUAAGACCAAAGAGUUUGGCCUGUCUUCGUCUAACCACCAGCAGCUGAAGCAGUCGACGCUCCAAUCGCAACACUCCCUGGGGAAAGCUCCAUCGGCUGGAACGAUGGGGGCCGUGGUUGGCACCGGUAAAAAGGGAUCCGUGAUAGGUCAUCCGAAACGAGGCGAAAAUAAAUCUCGCCCUCAAACGCCUCAGCUGUACACGAGGUCGCACAGGAACGAAUUUUUCAACUCGACUAGUCAGAAAAGCCUUAACAUUAGUAUGGACUAUUUGGCUCAGUUGGACGAUAAAAUCGACAAGGCGAUGUACGAAGACAGAAGCAAUAUGUUCUUGUACAUCGAUCUGCAUGGGCAUGCUUCUAAAAAGGGUGUUUUCAUGUAUGGCAACCAUCUGCCGAACAUCGUCGAAGCCGUUGAAUGUAUGCUGUUGCCGCGGCUGAUGAGUCUUAAUUCUUUGCAUUUCCACUACGAUGCCUGCAACUUUAGCGAGCGAAAUAUGUACUACAAGGGAAAACGUGAUGGUCUCUCGAAGGAAGGUUCAGGACGUGUGGCAAUCUACAAGAGUACAGGUUUAAUCAAAAGCUACACUUUGGAGUGUAACUACAAUACGGGAAAGAGCGUCAACGUUUUGCCACCCAAAGGCAAAGAGCUGCCCACUACCAAGGUGCAAUCGCCGGUUCCUCCCAAAUACACACCCGCAGUAUUCGAAGAGGUCGGACGAGCUAUGGGUCCCUCGAUACUGGAUCUCACCAACUCCAAUCCGCAGACGCGGUUGCACAACUCCGAGUUCCGAACCCUGCACGGACUACGCAACAUGUUGCGGCUUGAAAUCGAACGCGGCUCGUCCAAGGCCCGUGUCACCAAUAAGGUGUCGAAGUCCCACUCCAAGCGGCUGAGUAACCAAUCGUCGAGCUCGUUGGAAGUUGCCAAAGAGAAUGCUUUGCAAUGGGAGAACAUGACGGGAUCUCCAGGAACCGGCUCUGGCAUGGUGGUAACUGGGAGUGGCGGUGGAAGCUCUCCUACCGGUGCCGGUGCGAGUGGCAAUAUUCACGGAAAGAUUGCUGGUGGUACCGAACCACUUGGCGGAAAUGGUAAUUCGUCGGGCUGUUGUCCAUCAGCUUCCGGAGGAAGCAGACAGUUUUUGAAAGGAGGUACUUCAAAAACUCACUCCGGAAAAAUAUCCCGCAAAGGGGUCAACGCCAGCGGCAAAAGCUUUGGUAAGAAAGAUGCCCUGAAGAAGAGUAAGAUUUUGUGCGAAUCCGGAGUUGGGAGUACGGUCGUUACCGGAGGGAAGAAACUACAAGAGCUGAUUCGUGGCAAGGAUCAAGUGCCGAGGAAGAAGAUAAAGGUUUCGCCACCACAUCAGCAUAGCAGUUCUGCGGUGGACGGGUUUGAUCUUUGCUUUAAAACAAAUUUGUCUGCCACCGCAUUACCCAAUUUUCUUGCCACACCACCAUCCCUAGGAGAACUUCCACUGACUUCGAAAAAGGUCAAAACGGAAGUCAAAAUGCUCGAGGAAUGUUUAAAUUGUGACGAUAGUCUGGAUGCCAUUCCUUGCUGUUCAUAUUCAUCACACCCAACCACUACCACUUCCGGUACAGUGGCCCUCACCAAACUGAUCUCAACUUACAGCCAGGCGGGUACUUCGGGGCCAGUAGAUUUAAUGCUUCCAUCCUCAAGUGCCUCGGGAGUGGCUAUCACUAGUUUGGGGAGCCCGGGGUCAAGCCCACCUUCAGUUACCGGUGGUGGGGAAAUAGUCACCAAAGGUAGUAAGAUAAGCAAGUUCAGCAAGGCCACUUCCGCCAAGCAACAUGCAAAGCUGGGAAAAUCAUCCAAAUCUAACGAUGGCGGCAAGCUGCUAAAAAAGAAACGUUCACUGAAGACUGAUUCCAACUUGAAAAGGAAGAAAACCAGAGUAAAGCCCGCUCUUACUUAAGGCUAAGCUAUGGAGUUAAUACCAGUGUUCUUCGGGUGUCGGUGGAGUCGUUCCCGGUCGCCAACUAUGGUUAAUUGUGAUCGAAGGAAAAUUUGUUUUCGAGCUGUUUUUACCUUAUACCAAACAAUUUUGUUCAAAUUCAUCGUUGUGUAUAAACGUGGAUGACACAAACAAAUGGAGUUUUCUGCUCUAAAUCUUAAGUUAUUUUUAAAUCAACUGCCAACUUGUCGAACGCGGUACAUUUUGGAACUACUUUUAGCGUGUACCUACCGUUUCAUAUCUUGAAUUUUAUCUCUAAUCGGUUGUCUGACCACAUUCAAAUGAAGAGCAUUCAUGUAAACACGUUGAACAGUCGGGACUUUGAUCAAAUCUUCAUGUUCACUUAACCUAUGGAAUUCGUUGAUCACUAAAUUACAUUUCAGGACAUUGCUUGCAUCGAAAAACAUAACAUUAUAAAAAACUGCUACCAUAUAGAGAUUGUCUUUUUCCUUAUUUUCAAUUAUGGACAAACUCCUUUUUUUAGGACAUUGAAAUUCUCAGUUUUUUAAGUCUGAAAUCACUUCUGAAGGAAAUCAAUAAUGUUUGAAAUAUAUUCGCAAAUCCUGUUCACCAAACAGUGUUUAGUAGGACCUUUUUAUUAUUUUUUUUCGUUUUCCGCACAUGUUUACAUGAACAUUUUUAUAUGAAUGUUGAAAUACAAUGCACCGCUUACAUCAACAAUACAGUUCUUCUUUCGCUCCUUGGGAGACAAAAUGAUAUAAGAACAACAUGUGUUUGUUUUAUUCAACGUUUAAAAAUCUUUGGAAAAAAGACUCGAUAAGCUUUCUGUACGAAGCAUUUUAUAUCCAAUUUUAAUCAACUGUCACAUCUCCCUUCAACAGUAAAAAAACCUAGUUUACACCCAAACAGCACACUUGAUUUAUGUAGACCUUUCUUUUAGAUUACGUUCCUUUAUUCAACAACUCACUGAAUAUAUUUUUGUUAUUCGUUUUAAUUGGACAAAUAUUUAUUUACCACUUAACUGUUAUGUUCGUUUCAAAGAUUUUUUUCCUAUCUGCUAUCGUAAAUUCGAACACCGUACAUGUUAAUAUUUUAUAUGAAAAAAAAAAACUAACACUCUAAGCCGGUAGAACCCAAAACCAAGUUGAAAUGCCGCAAAAUCGGAUGAAACUGGCUCCCGACGAAAAUAAGUUUGAGGGGGUUUUCCCAAACUUGAGAAUAAAUGUCAUUCUUGUAACUUAAUUUUGGGGCAUGUCAUGCGGCAGGGAUUUUUUUUGGGAUUUUUUCCUUUGAUGACCUGAAUAUCAAAAGGGAUUAUAAAAAUUUAGUAAAGACAAUGCUUUUGUUCAUAUUUCCUUUUGAAAUUUUAUUUUCUAUUUAUUAUUUUCACAACUAGCAAAAUUCGGGCUUGAUUCAUCCCGGAGCAAUUUUCAAUGCAUUCGGUCUGGAAUUACAGGGUGUAGUUGUCAUCAUAAAGAAAGAAACUUAGCUUACAUUCUGCCAUCAAAAUCAAUACAAUUGAUGUGCGGAACAGCCAAAUUCAUGCCAUACCGAAAACUCCUGACGAUUGGUACCGUUUAGGAACGUCACGUGUCCUCACAACUUUGAGACUACCUAGCAUUAUAGUGCUACCCGAAGGUCGUGAAUGGCAAAUGAUGCGGUUGUUCCAGAUCGUCCUCCACUUCUUUCGGUUCUCCAUUGGUUUUUUCUCCUGCCUGAAAUUUCCUUACGGCUUCUGAAGAAGGUAAAUAAUCGUUUUCUGGAAAUUCAUAAAUUAAAAUGAAUUAAGUAUGAUAAAAUUGUAGCAAAUUCAAAGCAUUUUACCAGAAAUUGUAUCCGAAUGCAACUGACUUUUUUUGUUUGCAAAACAAAACCAACUGAAAAUAAAGGGAAAUUUUUUUGGGGUGGUCAGUUCGAGCUUCGAACAUUGAUUUUGGUGCAUUGACAGCAGCCCAAAAUCAAGAACGCCAGCCGAACUUUGUUUUGAUGCGCUGGCGUUCUUAUUUUUGGGUUGUUUUGAUUCUGAGUGAACGGUGUCAGUGUCUCUCAAACAAAUACCCGCGCACCCCCAGUAGAUAUCCCUUGAAGGCAACAUUUUGCUAAAAAUAAUAUCAAUCACGCUCUCAUUGUAUUAAUGAACAAAAAAAAAUUGUAGAAAACAUGAAAGCACUAGCUUUUAGUAUUGGUAUUCGCAUUUACAGAAAUAAUUAAAAAAAAACCAUGUCCGGUUUGCACUGUGUCACCUGUAAUGUCUUUUUAUUUUAAACCGGAAAGUCGUUAAAAAUAAAAUGUUGUAUGGUAUCAAAUUGGUCAAUGAGCAGCAAUCAUGCCACCACAAAAAUAAUAAAUCGAUUCGAGGGAUAAGGAUAUGUGCGCCUAUCUAAUAAUUAAAUGUUAAUUUGAAUAAGCGAAAAUAUACCUUCGUAUAAAAAACCAAUUUCCCAUUAACAACAACAAAAACACAACCACACACAUACAUUUACGCGCAUGAUAAAACUUACUGUGUGCGUGACGUGCUCACGCACAAUGGCGAAGACUUUGUGCAAACGCAAUAAUAAUAACAAAUAUAUAAACUUUACCAUGAA